GUUGAGUGCAUUCUCCAUUAUGCGGAUGUGGAUUUUAAUCUCGUUGCUGGCUUUCAAUUACACAAUUAAAGCUAAUCCCAUCGCCGACAUAAAACCGGCCCCAACUGAAUUCAUUAUCCUGCACAAUAAUGAUAUUCACGCAAGAUUUGAGCAGACGAAUAAAAAUGGUGGCACUUGCAGCCAAAAAGACGAGAGUAAGGAUAACUGUUUCGGGGGAUUCCCACGUAUUGCCCAUGAAGUGCGAAAAUAUCGCGAGGAUGCGAAGAAUGGAGGAAUUCCUGUACUAUUUUUAAAUGCAGGUGAUAUCUAUAGUGGAACUACUUGGUUCUCGGUCUUCAAGGACAAAAUUGCCAGCGCCUUUAUCAACAAAAUACAGCCAGAUGCAAUGUCCCUCGGCAAUCACGAAUUUGAUGUGGAUAUUAAAGGUCUGGUCCCAUUCCUCAAUGAUGUCAGUUUCCCCGUGCUGGCCGCCAAUGUGGACAUUUCGCAAGAGGCCGAUUUGGUUGCUACCAAUAAAUUAAGCAAUUCGACUGUUCUGGAAGUAAACGGAACUAAAAUUGGUAUCAUUGGUUACUUAACGCCAAAAACUAAGGAAGACUAUAUAUUUAAAGUGGAGUUCCAUGAAGAAAUCGUAUGCAUCAAUGCUGAAGCAAAGAAACUGAAGGAGCAGGGCAUCAACAUAUUAAUUGCCUUGGGACACUCUGGCUAUCUGAAGGAUCAGGAGAUAGCUCGAGACUGUCCCGACAUUGAUAUAGUCAUCGGUGGUCAUUCGCACACCUUCCUGGAUGCCAAUCAGCCCGUUGCUGACAAGGACGACACCAAUCCUGAAGCCGUGCGAGGACCCUAUCCCACCACAGUGGUGCAGCCAAGUGGCAAAAAGGUGCCGGUGGUGCAGGCCUUUGCCUACACAAAGUAUUUGGGAAAGAUACACGUGCAGUUCGAUGCUGAGGGCAAUUUAAUAGAGAUUAAUGGAUCACCGAUACUGUUGAAUGCGUCCGUUCCCCAAGAUCAGGAUCUGUUGGACUUACUUGAUGUUUAUCGCCCAAAUGUUACGGCUAGUGCUCAACAAGUUAUCGGCCACACCAAGGUGUUUCUGGAGGGCGGCAGAAUUUGCCGGCUGAGAGAAUGCAAUCUGGGUAAUCUGAUUGCCGAAUCCAUGGUUUAUGCUCGCAUGAUGGAGAAUAAGGGCGCCUGGACUGACUGGACAGAUGCACCCAUUGCUCUGAUUCCUGGCGGUGGUAUACGUACCUCAAUCUAUAAGAACAACGAAGGGACGAUUAGUUUCAGGGAUAUGGAGGAAACCAUUCCGUUUGAGAACAAGUUAGUGAUGACGCGUAUCACGGGCAAAACAUUGCUCAACGCCUUGGAGCACUCUGCGACAGUUAGGAAUACGGAUUCGAACGGAGGUUUCCUACAGUUUGCGGGCAUUCGAGUGGAGUACGACUACGCCAAGGAGGAGGGGCAACGGGUGACAUCCGCGCUAGUCCGUUGUGGCGAGUGCACUGUACCCGAGUACAGUAAUCUCAAUGCAACGGCCUACUACAAAGUAGUUGUACCGAACUUUAUUCUAAACGGAGGCGAUGGCUAUACCCUUACUGAGUCCGUUGAUCCUGUAACAGAGUUAUUGGAAAAAGACGAUAAGGGUGCACUUCAACAGUAUCUGGAGAGUCACAGCGUUGUCUAUCCCGAAGUAGAUGGUCGUAUUGUCAUUAAAUACUGAACCCAGCGACGAACAGCUAAAGGCUCUUCAUGACGCCCCCAAUAAUAAUCAUAAAUAUUAAUUAA